CACAUCUUUUUUAUGUCGAUUUAACAAGGUUUUGGCAUCGAAGAAAAAGUUUUUGAUCAUUCUGGUGUUCAGGCUAUUUUCGUUUAGGUUCUUUGUGCAUCAAGGCAAAUACUAAGCCAGAUUGUUGUUAUUUACUAUUUGUACUGCAUUAAGUUUUUGCAUGUCGCGUUGGAAAAUCGUGUAUUACUUCCUCUUUUAAUAAUAAGUUUUCAAAUAAGUUGGUACUGUAACGUUUUGUUUCCUCUUGAGUUCACUGUGAUCCCUAAUAGCAUUACCGUUAGGUGUCUUCUUAUUCAUAAAAAAACAUUCGAGUGGUUAACAGUUAAAGUUAGUUACAAAGCAUAAAUUAUCUGUACGUCUGUGAUCGACUACUGGCACGACAAAAAUCAAUGAAUAUCCGAUAUGAUGGAAAUGGAAAAUCGACGGUAUUUUAAACAGGAAGGCAAGGAGGCGAAAAACUUCUACCAUCUGUCUGAUGACGGUGACGAAAGAAGCUACAAUGUGCGCAAACCACCGGUGAAUUUGAGACCCCGUUCCAUUCAAAGUGCAACGCAGAGUAAAACUUCCAAAUCAUCGGCACCCCGUGUUCGUUCCGCUUCCACGGGCAGAGAUAAAAAAUCCGAACUUCAAGCCCGAUAUUGGGCGUUUCUUUUCGGAAAUUUGCAAAGAUCAGUAAAUGAAAUUUAUCAAACCGUUGAGUGCUACGAAAAUUUGCCUUCUUGUCAAGAGGCGAUUUUGGUGCUUGAAAACUACAUACGCGAUUUUCGAGCAUUGGCUGAGUGGUUCAAAGUGUCUUGGGAUUACGAAGCUACCCCUUUACCGCAACGUCCUCAUUCUCUGGCUUGGGAGGUGCGAAAGAGUAAUCCAGCACCGCGUGUUCGAAAACCAAUCUCCAGCCCAGGUCUAUCUGGAAAAUCAAGUCCAAGCUUUUCGGGCAAGAAUAGUCCAAGCCAUGCGCACGAGGAGCUCAGUGUUAGCAAAAAUUCCCCGAAAAAGCAUUUCAGUUCAACGGAAAGUCUCGGAACUAGUCUAAAAGGAACCGGUAUUGGAAAAAUAGGCGUUUUAAAGCAAAUUGGGCCCUGUACUGUUGAAAACUGUUCUCCAGAUGGGAAACCUCCUUUAAAUGGUGAAAAUUGUUUCGAUGUCGUAGUAGCAUGUAACAGCUUAGAGAAUUAUGUGUUGAAACUGGAUCAGUAUACGCAGACAAAUCUAGACGAUGAAAAUUUAACACUGGCAGAGUAUCUGGAAAAGUAUUGUAAACAGGAAGAACCAUGCUUGCAGCUUGAAACUGACACCAAGAAUCUAACUGAACAGGAAUGUAAAACUGGUGAAAAUGGCAUUCAGGAAGACAAAAAACUUGCUGAAGUAUCCAAAAAUGUGGAGAAACCAGAUUUGCUGACAAAGAAAACUAUCGCACCUGCUGCGAAAUAUGCCACUGUCGUAAAUAAUGCAAUAAAACCAGCACCACGGCCGGUUUUACAAAACAAACCAGGUUUACCAUCGAAAGCUCUUCCAACAAAAAUUCUUAAAGCCCCUUCAACGGCCACUAACAGCAUUCGUUUGUCCGCUACUAUGUCUAGCUUGACUCAGAGUCAAACAAAAAUGGUGCAGCUUCCUGCGAAGAGUGCAACUAUUUCUAAUAUACACUCGACCGCGAUGAAGUCCGGAGCUCGGUCGUUAAUCAACUCUACAAAGAAUAAAACUAUACCAACUAAUACUGCCUCGAGACUUUCGGCUCGUUCGAAGACGAUGAUAGAAAUUAACAAUCGAAAAAAUGAAGUUAAAUCUGCUUGUGCUUCUUCCAGACUAACUUUUUCUCGAAAAAUAUCUCGCGAUGACAUUGAUAGUUCUACCUCAACUUUAAAAGCAAGUACUGAUAGAUUGGGAUCCCGAAGCUCGAUUAAUGAAUCCUUGAAAAACCGAACUCAAAGCGGAGCAAGCACCAGCAGCAGACGUUCGGAACCUAAAUGUCUCCCGUCAGAAGCCACCAACAAUGACGGGUGGUACACGGUUAAAAAUAAGCGACGAUCCAGUCUACAUUGGGCUACUCGCUUCAAUCAACCCAGUGGUUAUGCAAGUUUGCCUUCACUUUCUCUGUUAGAUGAGAACGCUCCUACCGAAGAUGGUGAAACAAAACAAUCCACUGAAAGCAUUGGUAAACAACCCAAGAUACAGCAGAAACCCUCCAAAUUAGCAUCCGUUUCGAAACCGUCGGUUGAGUCAAAAUCCAAAGCACCAACUUUGGCCAACGUAAAACCGAAAAAUCCCCCUUGUAAAGCUACUACUGCCCCUGUGCUGAAACGACCAACAACAGCACCAGCAGCCACAAAAAAAUCCAAUCCUAAUGGGGCUUCACAAUCAUCACAGAAUAAACCAACGGCAACAGCAACCGUAACGACGAACGGGUUGGCUGUUACUCGACAAAAAUCUGACUUGACGGGUUUAAAAUUGAAAACCCUUCACAAAGAGUUUUUGCGCAACGAAAAACUUAAAUUGAAACCGUCCUCGGAAACAGAUCUAGACAAAACCGACGAAGCACCGUCAUUGUCAAAAACAUCUCCGACGCAAUCAGCACUACUACAGCAGGAAGAUUUGGCUUCUCAUCUGAACAAAGUGGAUAUGAACAUUCAAACCAAUUUGGUGUCGUCAACAAUCCAAAACCUAUACGCCAAAUGCUUGGAAUCAUCGGAUCUAGCCGACGAAGAAAGCUGUGGUGACGGCAUUACGAUUACCGCCAACUGCGUCAGGUCCGAACAUCGGCCGGAUAUCAAUCUGUCCAGUUGUGAUGAACUAGAGGAACGGGAGGACAUGGAAAGUGACGAAGAUCAACGUAAAUUAUUGGAAGAGCAGGAGAGCUUGGAAGCUCAAAUUCGGGAGCUGCAAAAUACGGAAAUUGACGUUGAUACUGAGACAGAUGAGACGGAUUGUGAAGCUAUCAUUGAUCUGGAGGAUAACGAAAGUAGCGCGGAAAACUUAGAACCCGUUAGUGUAAAUGGUUCAAUGGAUGAAGAGGAAAUGACCCUUGAAAUGCGGUACGAAUCGGUGCUGGCUGAAAUGACGUGGGUUGAGCGCGCUCAAACUUUGGCAACAUUGCAAGCCUUGGUGGCCCGGCAUCCAGGCAGAGCACAGCAAUUGCAUGCGAAGCUGUCCAGUCCUUCACGGAGGAGAUCCUUGCAUGAAACACUGAAAAAAUACCAAGCAAAACAAACCCGAGCCUUGGAGAAGAGGCAGGCUUUGCAAAAGGAGAAGGCUCUCAAAAUUCAGCAUUUGCUGGCAAGAGUGGAAGACGUAAAGACCGCCAAACAGCAGUUGAUUGAUAAAAAAAGAAUGCGAAUGGAGGAAAGACUGCAGCGUGCAGCGGAAAAUCGCACUCAAUAUCUGAAAGACAAAAUUAAAAAAGCCCACGACGAAGAGGAAAAAUUAAAGGAAAUUGCUUUUAUUAAAAAUUUAGAAGCACAAAACAAGAGGUUAGAUUUCAUAGAGUCAUGUAAAGAGCAAGAAGGUCGGCUGCAGGACCUGGAAACCGAAAGGCAGAAGAGGGCUGAAGAGAAAGCAGCUAAAGAGGCGGCGGUUGAACGAAGGCGGCAGGAAAUUGAGCAGGAACGUCAGAAGAAGCUUCAAAUAAUGAGUGAAAAUCGCCGGGAGCGAGAAAAGCGAGUUGGAAAAAUGCAGGAACAAAAAGAAAAACAACGACAGGCUCUCGCCAGAGAAAAGGCACGCGAUAGAGAGGAGCGGCUUCUUGCGCUGCAAGCGCAACAGCAGGCAACUACUGAGGAAUUGCAACGAAAGAUAAUUCAGAAGCAGCAAGAGUCAGCUCGUAGACACGAGGAAAAUAUCGAACAUAUCCGGCAACGAGCAGUUGAACUGACCAUUCCAACUCGGAACCCUGAUGAAAUCAACUCAAACAGGCAAGACCACGAAAACGAUGAUAAUCUCAGUGUUAGUGAUAAGAGCAAUAAGGAUAAUAACAGUGCUAAGAUUAACAAAAAGAAAUUAAAGAAACUGCGGCUGCGAAUGGCUCAGGAAGCGGAACAGUACUUGGCGGAAAUGCAACCUUUGGCACCACAAAUUCGGAAGCAAAGUCAAGUGCCGAAACUGUUAGGUACUAUCGUUAAAGGUGGUGGUCCUCUGGGAGUGGAGCGUCCCCUUGGCCAAUUGCUGCGAUUAAUGGCCAAAGCGGAAGUGGUCGACUUUCAGUCAAUGUGGCUCCUAGAUGGAUUGAAGACAAUCGCUGAUGUCGUUCAAACUGGAAUGGAACCGAACUCAGAGGUUUCUAAACGAGCGGUCGUCAUUUCGGUGCAGCUUUACCGCAACUCGUGCUCCCUGUGUCCGCAAAUUUCCCGCCAUGCUAUUUUGGGCAAUACAAUCACAGUAUUAUUAGAUGCAUUGCAGAUUAGUUUGAAGACACCGGAGGAGAAAAGUCCUUUGUAUCCGGUAGAAUUAUCUACCGAGCUCAUACUAGCCUGCACGGUAGCUCUCUCGCCUUCCAACUCACUCAAGCAGACACACCCAAAGGUUGUGGAACGCCUUCCGGAUCUCAUAAGUUACGCAGUAUGCCUAGGACUGAUAGAUACCCUAGUUAGGAAAUUCAAUACCAUCCGAGAAUCGGUGGAAAGUCAACAAAGUUUGGUGCUAUCCCUGCUGGCUUCGCUCGGUCUGUUGACGAAACUGGCGGAAUUGUGCCCGAGAGGUCCUGACGUUACCAAAUUUCUGCUAACGGUCAAAUCGACGGAACUCUUUGGAACCAUCUCGCUGUUGUACGCCGCCAUUGUACCGAUCGGUGAAUGUAUUCCACCGAGAACUAUUUCGCUGGCGGCGGCCACAUUUAAUCUUCUGGUAACACUGGCCAAUCUGGACAUUGCAACAUUCCAGGGCGUGUUAACGGAGGAGAAUCUUUCGUUCAAGUUCCUAGACGUGGUCAGCAUCCUACUGCAGUACUGCGUGCCCAAGGCGGAGGAGAAAGGCGAAACCCAGGCUGUGAUAAUCGACUUAAUAGCAACGCUAGGUUUCUUUUGUGCCAAUAAUAAAAUUAAUCAGGAUCGGCUUACUUCAGAUCAGUCGUCAGUGAUAAUCAAGAGUUUGACCAAGUUACCGAAGAAAUUCGACAUGGUCAUCUACCCAACACUAGUCACCGUCACCCACGAGAAUCCUGAUGCCAAAGCUGUGCUAAGUAAAGAUUUCGACAUUGCGUCGCUGGAGGAGUACAGCCGAUCGGAUCUGGCGAAAAAGAACCGAAUCGUGUCCCUGCUGACCAAGACGGAAUAGAUUUCACCGGCCAGUAUUCCGUACUCACUUCCUGAUAUGGUAAAUAAACAAUACCGAAUGUUGAAUGUUCUGCCCUUCCUACCGUUCGAGUCGAAUUACGCUUAGGUCAACGCAGAUCAACACCGAGGAGCCACCGUCUGUCAUCGCUAUUUGUCGAAAGCAAUAAAUAAUGAGAACGAAGUGGAAUCAAUAAAACAGCGACAUAAAAGCGCAGUGAUUAACGUCAGUAACCCCUUGUUUUCCCUCGGCGUCUUCAGGGACUCGCGAACCAAGAAGGGGCCGAUUGUAUUGAUCGAGUAAUAUAACGCUGCACAAAAUUGAUCACCGCCUCUAAUGAGAUGGGUUUCAUGCAACGCAACGUGACGCUACGUGUGCCUCCUACUUCAGCUUGCCGCUGACAAACUAAACGUUCCACUACAGUGCACUGUUCGGGGAGUUAUUUUUUUUUCUUGUACUGAUUUUAUUGUGUAUGUGAUACUAGGUAAAGGUGGAUGUUUUGCACUCCUAAUGUUUGUCGAGUGCACGAUCUGUGAAAUUUACACUUACCGCGCUGCAUAAUGUGUACAAACAGGCGGCUGGCUACAACGGUCUUAAGUAUUGCGGUCGAAGGUUAAAUGGUGUUUUCAUAUCAACACUAUUUGUUCAAUAAUAAGAUGCAAAGGCAUGAUAAACGAAAGAUAAGUUUUCUAUUUACAAAGCAUACGUAGAAUUGAAAUACUACAUAUUUUGUCAUAUUCAUAAGCUGCUUGUACCCAAUGGUAGGUUUUUUUUUCCAUUUUCUGCUUUCAAAUAUGUUAGGUAACAGGCUAUAAAAGAGGUAGCGAUGAAAAAUUUCUAUUCUGACAUCUGACGGAAGUGUAAUUUAGAAAGUUGUAUUUGAUUUGUGGUUCGAUGGACUGAGUACAGAUGGAAAGCAUAGAAUUUUUCGCAAGCUUGAGCAAGCAUUAGCGGCAGGAAAUGCAAUUUUUUCACCUUUUAGUGCCAGUCACAAAAUUCACUCAUACUACGCGGGUUAAUGUAGUCAUAUAUAGUCAUCACUUGGUUUGAGACUAUUCGAUUUGUUGAAAAAGAUUGCGGUCAAACCUGUGAAUCAGAUAGUGCGCAACAACUCCACAGAAUUUUUCUUUCGUUUAUUCAUUAUCUACUAAGACGCUCGGGAAUAUUUUUUUUAUUAUCUAAGUUCCCUGCUGAGAAGAUUAAAAAUAGCUGGAAACAGACGAUUAGACAAUUAGAAGGGUUAACCUUAACCGGCUAUAAAAAAGGUUUUAAUCAAUUGAACUAUCAAACAAUCCUUACCAACACACACACACACAGGAUUCCGGCUUUCAGAAUCCUGAGAAUUUCUAUUUCAUAAUAAAGGAGAUUCCCUUACCAAGUUGCAGGAAUCCUGAGAAUUCACCUGUUGGAUUUUCAUACAAGAAUCCUGGUUUUAUAAAGCAUGGCAUUCUGUACGAAUUUUAUUCAGAAUCCCACCACACAAUUCCAAUGCGAGAAAUCGUAGAGAUUCAGCGCGAACCGUUUUGGUUCGUCCGGGGAUGGAAACCUACCGUAUCACGGUCGAGAAUUCAUGCCCAGAUUCAGCCUUGGAAACUGGAUUGAUACUACAGCGAUGGAACAAAGUUUUAGUGAUUCUCUUGUCGAAUACGGGUAAAGAUUCUAAUACCCUUUUUACACUUUUUACUUGCAAUAGCGGGGUAACUUGGAACAACACUACAUCGGUCGAUUUUUUUGUAUUUUAUGACCUGUUACUUCAAUUUUUUAUUUAUAUCAAUUACUGAAACUUGUUUAUAAACAAUUAAAGGCAUAGCAACUGCAAUGUUGAUUUUUUCAUAUUUCGCUGAUUUUUGAUUUACCGCCCAGUUAGCUUCGAGAUACGAUGCUGGUCUAACAAGCCAGUCGUCGUAUGUUCGAAUCUCGGCUACGCGGUGCUUGCUAGAUAGAGUCAGCAGGAUCGUUGAGCUGGCCCUGUAAUUUUCCUGUACUGUAGUCUGUCGAUAAAGAAGGGUAAUAUCUAAAGACUGUAUAAACCCUUAGCUUUGCUUGACUUUUCUGACUUUUGAAAAAUCUUUGAACAUUUAUUGUGAUUUUUUCGUCUGGAAAAUGUUCGUUUCGUCCACAAUUGGUCAAAAAACUAUAACAUAACUUCUUUAUAGUCAAGUAUACUGCAAGGAAACAAAGUAAUUCAUGACGGUGAUUAUUUUUAUGUAUCCUGCUUGUUACCACAUUAUUUCGAAGACAUGUACUUAGCCGGGGUCACUUGCAACAAUUAGCAGACAUAAAAAACUUCUUUCCGUUAAUUUUACGAGACUAGCUAUUGUUUCUUUUUGCACCUAGCAAUACAGAAUGCACAGCUGAAAAGUAUAAGAUGACUCCGCGAGUCGAAAAUUUGUCCAUUUUUCUCGGGAAACACGCAAUGGGCGCGGAGAGGCUAGAAAGAAAAAAAUUACAAGAAAUCGCCCCACAAUAUCACCUGUAUCUAGCAACAGUAACAUAUUCCGGGAAUAAAGAUUGCUUCAGACAGUAUUGGAACAAAAACAAUUGCGUGUAUUUAACAAAUAAAUUUUUUGUGCAACGUACAACAUUUUGUAAGAGUUAGAAGUGUCUUGUCCGCGAUUGUGUCUAGUGAUGCGUGUAUUUCAGUUAUUUAUUUUUGAAUUCAAGAUUUUCUUACACUAAUGUAGCAUUUUCUACAUACUUUUAAGAAAAAAUACGGAUAAAACUAUUCGUCACGGUUUCGAAGGAAUUCUCAAACUUUUCUUGUAAUAUGGCUCAUUAGGCGGCGCACACUUUCUUCGUUCAUCGUUUUGGCUAUCUUAUUCCACCAGGCCUUCAUCUGGUUGAUAUCUUUGACAACUUUUCCCUUUGCUUUGAGUCUCCUUUUCGUGAUUGCCCAGUAUUCCUCAAUAGAGCAGAACUGGGAGCAGUUGGGUGAGUUAAGGUCUUUCGGAACAAACUGGACCCCUGUCUCUGCAUACCAUUCUUAAACGACUUUGCUGUAAUGACAGCUUGCCAAAUCUGGCCAAAACAUCAUGGGAUGGUGGUGGGAUCGAAUGUACGGCAAAAUUCGUUUUUGGAGACACUCGUUUUGGUACGACGUCAUUGUCUUAUUUGUAACGAAAACUUUCGUUUUUCUGCCACAGCUGCAAAUGCCCUACCAAAUCAGAAAUUUUCGUGCAAAUUUGUCGGUAAAAACAAAUUUAAAUUUGCUUGGAACAUCCCCCGAGCCGUUGCCAAGUAAAAUUUUUGACCUGGCAUUUGCCCGAAGUCAGCUUUGACAUAGGUUUCAUCGUGCAUCAGAAGACACCCGUCGAAUUUAGUUAGCACCCGCUCGUCUAGUUUUCGAGCAGGGUUUUUGGCCACACUAUUCUGUUUUAUGGUUCGGUUUGGCUAUUUGCUAGCUCGAUACGACUUGAUUCCUUCCCGGAGUCGAAUUCUCCUCACGGUACUAUACUAUGGGCAGCACCGAAUUUUCUGGCCACGGUCCGACAGAUUGGGAUUCCUCUUGAUGGUCUUCAAAUUCUUACCACGCAGCUUCCGAUCGACAGUUCCACUCCGAUGAUUAGCUUGAGGCUUCCGAAUCGUCGUCAAUGUUUCCUAAUAUUGUUUGAUAACGCGCCAAACGGUAUUUCUGGGCAAUUUCAACUGUUUAGCUAGUUUAGAUGCAGACCACAAUGGAUUAUCCAAAUAACUGUGCACAAUUUUUCCCUUCUUUUGGAAGCCGUUUUGUUGUUUGUUUACAAAAUGCAGUUGUUUUGCGGAAUGUCAAAAGUACAUAGGUGGAGCUAGAGAAAAUUUCCGAUCAGUGGUCGCCAAGAACUUCCAAAUCCGUCCACCAAGAGCGCCACAAUAUGAGCAAAAGUUUGUUCCAAUUCUAAAUGAAGCAAGCUUUAUUUAUAUAUUACGUAAUAAGAGAUCAACAAUUUUUUAUACCCCUGCUCCCCUUUCCUACUUACUUCAGUGACAACGGUCCGUUAUCGAUUCUCGAUUAUCGAUCCUAUGCCGAAUUAUGGUCUUCUAUUUAGUACUGUCGGUCCUGGGCUGCCGUUCUCCAGUCUCCUCGAACGUCAGUUGAACGUGCAUCAUCCUCAAACUACAAAUUACGGUACUUCAGCUGGUUAUGAAUCCGUAAAAAGCCCGAUUCGCAGCUGCAAUUCGUCGUUUCACUUCUCGGUUUACAUCGUUGUCACAUGUUCACAGAUCAAAUAAAUAUGUCACGAACGUACCAAAGUGUAUGAAUUCCUCCAAUACUACAAAUUGUCCCCCAUCCAGCUCCAUCUCGGCAUCAGCACCAUUUAGUCACCCACGUUCUCUGUCAGCAGCCGUGUACUUCGUUUUGGUGGGCUUAAAAAAUGUAAAAGUUCUAAUCUCGCUGCUUCCCAUUUAAAAGGCUCAAAAGCAUCUUCCACUGCUCUACGGUUGAUUGAUCUGCAAUACUAAGAAGCAUGUAAAAUUUUCUGAUGAUAGUUCCGUUCCUUUCCACGUUUGUUCCACGUUUGUAUUGCACUUUCCAAGGCAAUAUGGAAUAGCAGGUUAGAGAGUGCAUCUCCUUGCCUUGCCCAAUUCAUCCAACGUCACCAAAGCAUUCUGACGCAUGAAUUUGAUCUAUCCAUUGACGCACGAAUCAGCGUAACUAAUUUCGUCGGAAACCUAUGUUCUGGCAUUAUCUGCCACAGUUUAUUCUGGUUUGACUGAAUCGUACGCCGCCUUAAAGUCCACAAACAGGUGAGGAACCUGCAAAUUGUACUCCCUGAACUUGUCAAGUAACUGCCGUAGGGUAAACAUUUGAUCCGUCGUGCAGCGAACCUCAGGAAAACCAGCUUGCUACUCGCUUGUUGUCUACAGAACAGGAAACGGAAAAGCAUUUUAUAGGCAGAAUUGAAUAAUGUAAUGCAUCGAUAGUUUUUACACUCGAGUCGAUGUGCUUUAUUAAAAAUAGGACAAAUUAGGCCUUCCAACCAAACUUCCGGCAUUUGUUCUUCCUCCCAGAUUGUGACAAUGAUCCGGUGGAUUGCCUUUGUACAACCGCUCGCUCCCCGCUUUUAGCAAGUUAGCCAGGAUACUGUCCUUUUCAAUAGCCUUACCGUUUUUCUGCUUACUGAUUGCCUUCUUAAUCUCCUCCUGUACUGGUGGCUCCACAGCUUGACCCUCGGUCAUAAUUCUUAUCCCGUUCCUGCUGAUCUCCGUGUUUAUCGAUCAGCGGUUAACCCGACCUUCGGGUAUAGAGGAACGGUACACAUUCUUAAUAAGCGUUACUUCAAAGGCUCUCCCUUACCUUAUUUUCUGCUCUUUCUCAUUCACGCCUUGUCGCAUUCUGUUUGGGUACUAUAAUGGGGAUGGAAAUUUUUGGACAUUUUGGAGGGUCCCAUAACUUCGUGGAAUUUUGUAUACGGACAGAGUUGAUAGGCUGAUGAACCAAAACAAAAUUUUUAAAAAAUUAUAAAAUUCUUUUUCGUGCUUUUGAAAAUUUAGUUGAAAACAUUUUCUCAUUUUCUCCAUGAUUUCUCAAUUUCCGAACGA